AUGGCAGAGAUGAGACUUCGGGGGCUCGAUAAGUCCAUCAGAGCCUCCGAAGUAAUUAAAGCAAUAGCCACAGUAGGGAAUUGCGAGGAAGAGGAGAUCCAUCUGGGGGAGAUAAGGAAAACCCCAGGUGGAAUGGGAAUUGUCUGGAUCCGUUGCCCGCUGAAAGCAGCAAAUAGUAUAAUGGGCACGGCCAAAAUACAGAUAGGUUGGGCACUGGUGCGCGCCGAAAUGUUAGAUGCCAGAUCCCUUCAGUGUUAUAAAUGCUUAGAGGGAGGACACGUGCGCGCGCGGUGCCCAAACAAGGAGGCCGUAGCGGUAAAUGUUACCGCUGUGGAAAUGAGGGCCACGCAGCCAAAAAACUGCGUGGCAGAAGUAAACUGCCCGGUAUGCGCAGACAAAGGACUUCCCACCAAACAGAGCGGAAAGUAG